UUCACCGGUGACCAAGCAGAGUACAUACAGGUGACGACGUCAUCGUGUGUGUCUAUAUACUAACGUUAGACCGUAGAGGAAAUACUAGUAACUAUAAGAGCGGCGUCAUUCAGGAUCGAGAUGCCCGUACAAGUCAGACGGACGACAACGGUGCCGGAAGGAAGCGAGGAAGAGAAAGCGCCCCUUCUUGGGGACAGACGAGACCCCGAAAGCGACGGCGGGGUAAGAGAAAAAGGGGCAUCGACAAAGAUUAAGUUUCAAGACGAAACGGAAACUACGGAUUCGUCUGAGGCGGAAGGGGCAGAAGGGCCUGACGAUGGAAUUGGAAAGAAAUUGAAGCAAAUACUACGCCGGAAGAAGAAAGAACCGGAAGUUUCCAGUUCAAACCCGCAGCCCAGGCCAACCACUGGAGAUCUCCUGCAGGCAGUGCAGGAAACUCAGGACAUCAUGCGGAACAAUGUCGAGAAUUGCUUGAACAACCAUAACCGGAGGCUGGAAGAUGCCCUGGAAAGAACAGAGCAACUGAACGACGUGGGCAGCGACUUCGCGAGGGUGUCCAGACGUGCUAGAGUCAGGAUGUGGCUGAGGUCCAAUAGGAGGGCAAUAUGUAUCUGCACAGCAGUGGUUCUAGUAAUAAUACUAGCUGGUGUGAUGGCCACUGUUGCAGUACUGAUCAGUAAGGGAAUCAUCAAGACUUUUUAA